UGCAGUGGCAGACAGGAGUGAAGAUGAGUGACCAGGCAGCUGCUGACAGGUUACAGAGGGAGUCCCACCGCAGGCUGGCCCAGUACAGCUCCCUGAGAGGUAGAGAAGCGAAGCCUGGGGAAUUCUGGGAUGUGAUUGUCAUUACAGCGGCCGACAAACAACAAGAGAGAGCCUAUCAGCAGCAGAUUGCUGAUAAACUAACCAGAAAAGAGCUUCCUCUCGGAGUUCGUUAUCACGUUUUCUCUGAUCCGCCGGGACCCAAAAUAGGGAAUGGAGGAUCUACAUUGUACGCCCUGCACUGCCUGCAUCAGCUGUACCCCAGUGAUUUGGAUGCUUUUACAGUCAUGCUAAUCCAUGCUGGUGGCUACAGCCAGCGGUUGCCCCAUGCCAGCGCCUUGGGGAAGAUCUUCACAGCCCUACCGUUCGGUGACCCUGUUUAUCAAAUGAUUGAUUUGAAGCUGGCUAUUUAUAUCGACUUCCCCGCCAACAUGAAGCCAGGUGUCCUGGUGACUUGCGCCGAUGACAUAGAACUCUAUUCCAGCCAAGAGAUGCCAGUUACGUUCGAUAGGCCUGGCAUCACUGCUCUAGCCCACCCAUCCACGUUAGCCAUAGGCACCACCCAUGGGGUGUUUGUGUUAGAAAAUUCCGAUUUAGAAUGUAGCGAGCUGCAGAUCAGAUCCUGCAAAUCCUACCUCCAUAAGCCCUCCGUUGAGAAAAUGCGCCAAACGGGUGCCGUAACCAUCGACCUGAGUAAAACAAGCCCUUUGCAAAGCCAGGAUAAAAAUAACCCUUGUCCUGAAAUAGUUCAUACGGAUAGCCUGUUUUAUAUGGAUUACACGACUGCAAAACUUCUCCUCGGUUUCUUUCAAGAGUUAGGCAGCGUGACGUGCGAGAUAGAUGCAUACGGGGACUUUCUGCAGGCUUUGGGGCCCGACGCCACGCUAGACUACACAGAGAACACCGCCAACGUCUCGAAAAUAGAAUCACAGCUGACUGAUGUGCGGAAGAAAAUCUACUUCCUACUGAGGGCAACAGGCUUCACCGUCGUCGUUUUAAACAAUUCAAAAUUCUAUCACAUCGGGACCUUGCAGGAAUACUUACAUCAUUUCACUUCUGACGCCCGGCUCCGGGCAGAACUAGGAUUACAGGCCGACGUUUUCAGCAUCAUUCCAGAUCAAGAUAAAAAUAAGAAUAUAAAGGCUUGUGUCAUUCAAAGCAUAUUAGACGCUCAAUGCCGUGUUUCACCUCACACGGUGAUUGAAUAUUCCAGGCUGGGGCCCGGUGUCUCCGUAGGGGAAUGCUGUAUCAUCAGCGGUUCAUGCAUAAGUAUUAGAUCAACGAUACCCGACAAAUCUUUUGUGAGUUCAUUAAGUCUGGUGAUUGAUGGGCGGCUGAUGCAUGCGACAAUCCUGUUUGGGAUUGAGGACGACUUGAAAAGGAGCGCGGCUUCGUUGUCGGAUCUGAACUCGCUUCAGAUAUUCGGCGAGAGUCUGCUGCAGUGCUUGGAGCUCUGGGGCAUUGGAGUUUCAGAGAAGCUUUUUUCCAGCAGCCGAAAGAGUUUGUGGAGCGCCCGUCUCUUCCCGACUUGUGCAACUUUGAGAGAGUCUGUCGAAGCGUCUCUGGCGAUGUUGGCAGCCGCGCACAGCCAGUCGCGAGUGCGUCUGGGAGAUGCUAAGAGGCUGUCGAUUGAAGAGAUGCUGGAAUGCAAAAAUGUUGAAGAGAUGUUGAACUUUAGAAAUCUACUUUAUAAGGAGAUCUGCGCUGAAAGACAAGGCAGAGUAUAGUUUGUUCAGCAGCUUGUGAUCGG